UCAUUUGUCCAACUUAUAAUUAGUUAUUUAAAUACUAGUCCAACUGAAAACAAGAAAAAGUGUUAAAAGUCCAACUAUGUUGCUCCUAGUACAACUGGACAACUAUGAGUAUAUUCAGCCAUCAUGGGUCCCUCAUAUUUAAUACUAUUAAACAAGUACAGCCGCCAAAGUACAACUGGACAUCAGUUUAUUUUAAAAAGUAUUUUUUGUUUUUAGAUAUUCUUUUAAAAGGAAAAGAAAGAUAGAUCGAUAGAUCUAGGGUUUUAUUAUAAGCUCUGUCUCCCUCUCUUACCUAGUUUCUCUCUCUCUCAUUUGCGAAACCCAGAAAAGUAGAGAAGUAAAAUUCCGGCGAGCGAGAGCGGAGAUCCCGACGGCGAGAGGAGAGAUUUCGGCGAACGACUCCUAUCUAUCAAGUGAGAAUGCCAAUCAGUUAUACUCAAAGCUCCGAAUCGGAGCCGAGUGAGGAUAUGAGUUGGGCAAGAGCUGACGGUAAUUGGGGUAUUCCGAGAUAUUGUUUCUGUGGAACCUACGUUAAGCUUGUUGUGUGUACCACUGGCAAUAAUCAAGGAAGAAAGGAAUACAAAUGUCCAAAUUUUGAGGAUGGUGGAGAACACCUUCAAAAGUGGUGGGAUGAUGCGGUUAAUGAGGAGUUUACUGUCGUCCAUAACAAAUUUGAAACCCAGAAAGAAUCAAUCCACCACGCUUACCAAAAUCCUAUGUUGGAGUCCCUUCGCGAGUCUGUUCGAAUUAUGCGUGCUCAAGUCGAUGAUCUUCAGAAGCGUUUGGAGGAGAAAGAAACUGAGAUUGGUAGGCUGAAGGAGUUGCUAUCUAAGUGGUAGUAAUAACCACUUAUGUAUUUAUGUAUUCCUCUAAAUCUUUGUAGACUUCUUAUGUUUGUAAUAACCCUAUGUAGACUAAUCUCCUUUAUUUCCUAUUAGUUUCUUAAGUUUGAACUAGUAACCUAGUUUUAUUUCUAAAUGUUUAACAAGUA